AUGAGACCACUCCCGCCACGAGUGCAUGUUCUGAACGAAUCCCCCGGUUCCGGAACCGAGGAUUCGGUGGCCAACGUCUGCUACAAGAAGUUCGGCUGCCACCGGAUUUUCCUGGCCACCGCCUCCGAGAAACUGGAGCAGGAUGUGUACCAGAACAAGCAGUGGAACGGUGUGCUCCAGAUCAAUGGAGUUUCCCCCGAGAGCGUGGAGAUCUUCCUGGAGUUCAUAUACACCUUCGAGGUGACCUCGUCGCUGGUGCAGUUGCCAUUAUUAGGCGACAUCUUCAUCCUGUCCUGCGCCUACGACAUGCCGGAACUCCUGGUCUCCUUUUCCGAGAGACUUAAGCAGCAGGAAUGGCCCUUGGAUGAGAUAUUCCCUGCUUUGGACCUGACAUUCCGGCACAACAUCAUCGAUCUGGAGCGGGUUUGCAUGGAGAAAAUCAUGGAGCAUGCCGGAAACCUUACCCAGGAGCCCAGUUUAAUGAGACUGCAGGUCUACGCCCUGAAUUAUGUGAUCCAGCACUGGCUGGUGGAGGAGCUGGUGCCGCUGGAGGAUCUAGUAACCAUCGUGAAGCAGUAUCAGCAGACGAACGAUAUUACUUUCGCAAACACCAAAAAUUUCCCGCACCUUACCAAGAUCUUCAAAUACUUUCCCGACGUUCUUUUGGAUUCCGAAGGGAAUAUUAGCAAGUUUUAG